AUUGCCAAACGGAUCCCAAUGAUGAUCAAAGCACACCACAAUCAUCAACAGUAUUAUCAAUUGAUGGAAAAAAUGAUAGAAUUAAUCCCAGAAUACCAGCUUUUAAUAUAAACGACUUUUUAAAUAGCAAACGAAUUGAAAGAGAGAGAUCUUUGACUGAAAUAAAUCAAUUACUACACAAUUGGGUCAAUCAUGAGAAGACUUUGCUCGACAAAGUCAUUAGUCUGACUGAUGGUAAUAAUAAUAAUCCUAACAAACAUCCAAAUGAGCCCAAUAUUGACGAUUUAGUUGACAAACUUAAGCCAAAAACAAGACAAAAACAUCCAGAAAUUAAACAAUUGACUAAUCGGACAAUUGUUUAUAAAAAUAACGAUUUUCGGGCCUUUUGUGAGAAUCCGGUCAUCGAUUCGGUUGACUCUAAUCUUGACGGCACCGAAAUUAUUGUGUUCACUGGCGACAAGUUUUUUAUAAUGGAGAAUCUACGUUACGGUUCGGGUAAUAUGAUUGUUAGUGGAUUAACCAAACAAUUAUUGCCAGACUUUCAGAUUAAAGAUUUUAGGACUGCGCUGAUUGUCAAAGAAGGAGAUAUGAGAGGACAUGUCUACGCUUUUUAUAAGGACCGGACAGUAUCCGCCUGGAGUCCUAAUGGCUUAUAUAAGAUCAGACACAGCCUUAUGUUUAACAGAUAUCCAGUCCAUGGACUACCUGUUGGUGGACUGUCCGCUGUUAUAGAUAACCGCAAUCCAAAUAAUCCAAUGCUUAUAGGUUUUCAAGGAAAACAAGUCUACUAUUAUGAAGUGUCCGACAAAAAUAUCAGUGAAGUCAAACGGGUCGAUCACACUGAAAGCCGAGAAAGAUUUCCGUCGGACAUAACGGCAGGCUUUUCGCUGAACAACGGCUUCAUCUAUGUAUUCAAAGGCAACAAAUACUGUGUGAGAGAAAUGAUUUACGAGUCGACAGAUAAGGAUCAGUAUUGCAAUGUCUGGUACGACAUCCGGCGAUUUUUGGGCUGUUGGGGUCAAUACAAACCUCCGUACAGUCUCACCAAUUAUCAAUCGUCGCAACAAAACAAUGAUUUUCGACGAGACUUUUGCAAUGACCUUAAACUGAAUGGUAUAUCCAAUGAUAUCGACGGAAAUAUUAUUUUGUUUCGCGGCAAUCAAUACUUUCUGUUGAAUCACUUUCCCUAUGAAACGAUUUUUGUUGGCAGCGGACAAAUCAGUGAUCGGUGGCCGGGGUUUAAGUCGACAGAAGUCGAUGCUAUAGUUGUGGCCGCUGAGGGACGCAAAAUGAGGGGACAUUUGAUUGUCUUCAAAGGUAAUAAAGCCGAGCGAAUGGAUAAUAAAGGAAACGUGAAGAUAGUAUCGAAAUCGUUGACAUCAUUGAGAGCUGUCCUACAAAAUAAUGAGAUGAUAUCGUCGAUGAUGAUUGGAUUAGGUCUUAAUUUGAUUAAAUAUUUGUCGAUAAAUAAUUCUGAGCUGAAAAUUGUAAAAAAUGUUACUUACGAUGAAAGCACUGCCAACUGGCCAUUGGGUGUGACGGCAGGUAUCGUAUUAAAUGAUGACAUUUAUCUGUUUAUUGGCGAUACCUAUUGUGUACGCAAAUGGAAAUGUGAUGAUAAACAUACUAAAUGUUGUAAACAUUGGAAAGAUAUUCGUAAAUUGUUUGGUUGUUAA